AUGGCAUCGGCUUCAAGUAAAGUCGGUGGCCUCGCCGUCGCCAUCCGUGUCAUCGUCCCCGUAGCCCUCGGGUCAGCUGGCUACGCCGCCUACAAGAUCAACUGGCCCAUCGCAAUCCACAACUUCAUAACCGGACCAGGGCGCACAUCACGAAUCCUCCUCCUCCUCUUCGUCGUCUUCAACUGGAAGAACCUCCCCUUUGCAUGGACAUACCGCGUCUUCUACGCCAUCGUCUACCACAACAUCCUCCGCAAAUCGCCCGACCUCACCCCCAAAGCCCUCUUCAAGCCCAUGGUCUCGGAAACCCGCGCGCCCCUCCUCGAGAUCGACUACAACCUCCACAAGUCCAACUCGACCUACUUCACCGACCUGGACAUUGCGCGCACCCACCUCGUCAGCUACCUCACCCGCCCUGCCAUGCGCAGCCUCACAUACAACACCACGACGGGCCUGGUCCUCGACCCCAAGACCGGGAAACCCGCCCGCGGAGCCAUGGGCAUCAUGCUCGGCUCCGUGUCGUGCUCCUUCAAGAAGGAGAUCCGCGCGUACCGAUCCUACGAGCUGUGGAGCAAGGUCCUCGCCUGGGACAGGAAGUGGCUGUACAUGGUGACGCAUUUCGUGCCCAAGGGGACGGCGAAGCCUACCGAGUGGUUGGACCCGCGGUUUGGGCGGGUGCGCACGAGGAGCGGGAAGGAUGCGUCGGGCGGGUGGGAGAAGAAGAUUUAUGCUACGGCGGUGAGCAAGUACGUGUUUAAGCUGGGGAGGUUGACUGUUCAUCCAGCGGUGAUUUUGGAGGAGUCGGGGUUGUUGCCGGAACGGCCUGGCGGGUGGAAGGGUGGUGAGAAUCAGGUCGGUGAUGAGGCGGUUGAUUUGGCGGAUGUUGAUUUGAGUGUUGAGGGGGCUUGGGAUUGGAGGAGGGUCGAGGCGCAGAGACGGAAGGGGAUGGAGGUUGCUGAGCAUUUUUCGAGGCUGGAUGAGUGUCAUGAUAUGUUUGAUGGUGGUACAUAUGGUGCUUUGGCAAAGAUUGGGCCGUGCUGA